CCAACACCACUACCACAACAACAACAAUAACUAACGUCAUGGCUUUGUCCAUCUCAAUGGAAGCGCAAACCAGAAAUUUAGCGGCUGCUUUGGCUGGAAUGCAGAAAAGUGAUUCGGAUGUGGACGGACCUCUAUCACUUUCACCUCCGAUGUCUGCUAACAGCUCAAUUAACACUGUGAUGUAUCCCAGUAUACAACAGGCCGCGGCAGCUACAGCGUAUAAUAUGCUCUCACCAUCUCAACUAUUGGCCGCGAAUCGGCAGGCAGCGGCCGCCUUCAUGGCUGCUCAAAUACCCAUCUCGACAUUGGCUUCUACUCUGUUUCCACAUCAUCCGGCUGCAUUGUUUAGCUCUUGGCCGAUGGCGAACGGUCAACCGCAUUCGCUGCCAUUAAGUACAACACCCCAAUCACCACCGGCAUCACCGCAUUCGCCCGUCAAUAAUAAUAAUAAUAACAAUGCUUUGAACAAUAACAAUAGUAAGAAUAUGCGAAGUUUAUCUUCACCUACAGCGGUAGUUAGUGAAAAUGACGUUCCUACUAAGAGAUCGCGAAAGUUGUCAGUGAAAAAAGAUCUGACACCGCUCAGUACGGAUAUCCCCAUGAAUGUGAAUGAUUUAUAUAACAGUUCUGGACCUAUAUCGCCGCCUUCAUCGGGUUCAUCACCAAAUUCCUCGGCUCACGAGGUAAACAGUCCUGUUAAUGGGAAUUCGUCUCGCGAUAAAAGUUUCACUUGCAAAAUAUGUUCACGUUCUUUCGGUUAUAAACAUGUCUUGCAAAAUCAUGAACGCACUCAUACGGGCGAGAAGCCGUUCGAAUGCCCUGAGUGUCACAAACGUUUCACGCGCGACCAUCACCUAAAGACACAUAUGCGCUUGCAUACGGGCGAAAAACCGUAUCAUUGUUCACAUUGCGAUCGCCAAUUUGUGCAAGUAGCCAAUUUAAGGCGUCACUUGCGCGUUCACACCGGCGAGAAACCCUACACUUGCGAGAUAUGCGAUGGCAAGUUUAGUGACUCGAAUCAACUGAAAUCGCAUAUGCUGGUGCACAAUGGCGAGAAACCGUUUGAUUGUGAACGUUGCCAUGUAAAAUUUAGACGACGCCAUCAUUUAUUAAAUCAUAAAUGCAACGGUUUACAAUCGCCGAUAACUCCGGUAUUAAGUCCGGCAAUGAGUGACGAGUAUAGUACGAUGACUUACGAUCAAAAGUCAUCUUAUGGUUCGGAGGAAUCUCUGGAUAUUGGUAAACCCAUUUUGUCAACGCCGUUGACCAAUCACCACACCUACAACAUGCACGCGGACGAGGAAACGCCAUUAGAUUUAUCGGAAGAUGGCAGCGGUAGUAACAAUGACGAGCUGAGCUAUCGCAAAAUUCACGAUAUAAGACGAGUAUUCCGCCUACCGCCACCACAGGUGAUGCACCUGCCCAACGACAUACCCGAGCAGACUGAACCGGAAGAUUUGAGUAUGAAUCAUAAACAAUGUAAAAGCGAAUUGUCGACCUUUCAGGACUCGACGGAAAAUAUCCUUUAG